GAAAAGUGUGCGGACGCGCGCGCGGCGCACGGUGGGGUCUGCCCCGGGCCGCGAUGCGGGCCGCGGAGGGGCGGGAAAUGGGAGGCCGUCCCAGCGCCCGAGCGGACCGGAGGCGGGGGCGGGGGCCAGGGCGGCCGCGGAGCGGGGGAGGCAAUGGCGCCGGCUGCGUCCAAGCUGCGGGCCCGGGAGGGGCUCGGGGCGCUGCCGCAGCGGGCGCUCGCCCAGUACCUGCGCCUUCUGCGCCUCUACCCGGUGCUCACCAAGGCGGCCACCAGUGGCAUUUUGUCAGCACUUGGGAACUUCCUGGCCCAGAUGAUUGAGAAGAAGUGGGAAAAAGAAAACUGCUCUCAAAAGCUAGAUGUCAGUGGGCCUCUCAGAUAUGCCAUUUAUGGGUUCUUCUUCACAGGACCCCUGAGUCACUUCUACCUCUUCAUGGAGCACUGGAUCCCUUCCGAGGUCCCCUUGGCUGGGGUCAAGAGGCUCCUCCUGGACCGCCUCCUCUUUGCACCGGCCUUCCUGUUGUUGUUCUUCCUCAUCAUGAGCUUCCUGGAGGGGAAAGACGCAGCUGCGGUCGCUGUCCAGAUAAGGAGACGCUUCUGGCCAGCGCUGUGCGUGAGCUGGCAAGUCUGGACCCCCGCGCAGUUUGUCAAUAUCAACUACGUCCCUUUGCAGUUCCGAGUGCUUUUUGCCAACCUGGUGUCUCUGUUCUGGUACAUGAACCUGGCCUCUCUGGGGAAGUGAAGAUGACCCAAGCGAGCGCAGACACACUGCCCACGUGCGUCUAGGGACCCACCUGCCUAGGGCGAGGGAGCAGAGACAACCAGUCAGGACUUGAUCUGACUCUCGAUCAUGUGACAGAAGACGGAGAAACAGAAAUCUUUUCAUGUAAGAAUCUUGUGCUUUAAAAAGGCAGAAACUGUCUUCAGGUGAUGCUGCCUUCGUCAUAAAAUACAGUAGUGCUGACUUCACUUGUCACCUUGAAUCAAAUUAGGAUGACAAUAAACUAAAACGCACCAUUU